AUGCCCGGUCGUCUUGCGAGUGAGCUUCCUGCCUGGAAAGAGCUUGAGCAGCUGCAGAAGCAGCAGAACAUUGUCCUCAAGGAGGCCUUUGCGAAUGACAAGGAGCGCUUCUCGCGCUUCUCGCGCCACUUUGAGAACAAGGAGCAGGACGUGUCCAUCCUGCUCGACUUCUCCAAGAACCUGAUCGACGACGAGAUCUUUAGCAAGCUCAUCCAGCUUGCUAAGGAGGCCGAUGUCGAGGGCCUGCGCAACGCCAUGUUCCGUGGCGAGCACAUCAACAACACCGAGGGCCGCGCCGUGCUGCAUGUGGCGCUCCGCGACCUGAACAACGACCUGAAGCUGACCGAGGCCGGCGUCGACGAGGUGAAGCCGGAGCUCGAGCACAUGCGCCAGUUCUCUGAUGCGGUGCGCAACAAGACCUGGACGGGCUACACCGGCAAGCCGAUCCAGACCGUGGUCAACAUCGGGAUUGGUGGCUCGGACCUCGGCCCGAACAUGGUGUGCGAGGCGCUGAAGCACUACACGCAGCGCGACAUUACUCUGCACUUUGUGUCGAACAUUGACGGGACGCACAUUGCCGAGGCGCUGCGCACGUCGGACCCCGAGACGACGCUGUUCAUCAUCGCGUCCAAGACCUUCACCACCACUGAGACGAUCACCAACGCCACAACCGCGCGUGACUGGUUCCUCGAGAAGGCCAAGAGCAAGGAGCACGUUGCCAAGCACUUUGUCGCCCUGUCGACCAACGAGAAGGCGGCGGUCGAGUUCGGCAUCGCCAAAGACAAUAUGUUCAAGUUCUGGGACUGGGUCGGCGGCCGCUACUCGCUCUGGAGUGCGAUCGGCCUGAGCAUCAUGAUUGCCAUCGGCUACGACCACUUCAAGGAGCUGCUCGAUGGCGCGCACGCCAUGGAUCUGCACUUCCUCAACACCCCACUCGAGAAGAACCUGCCCGUGAUCCUCGGCCUGGUUGGCAUCUGGUACGACGACUUUUUCGGCGCACAGACCCACGCCAUCCUGCCCUACGAUCAGUACCUGCACAAGUUUGCGGACUACUUCCAGCAGGGUGACAUGGAGUCGAACGGCAAGUUCAUCGCCAAGAGCGGCGACGAGGUCAACUACCAGACCGGCCCGGUGAUCUGGGGCCAGUCGGGUACGAACGGCCAGCACGCCUUCUACCAGCUGAUCCACCAGGGCACCAAGCUGAUUCCCGCCGACUUUAUCGCCCCGGUCGAGUCGCUGAACCCGAUCGGCGAGCACCACACGAUCCUCCUGUCCAACUUCUUCGCGCAGCCCGAGGCGCUUGCGUUCGGCAAGACCGAGGAGCAGGUGGCCUCUGAACUCGGCGACAAGGCGUCCAACACGCCGCUGCGCAAGAGCAAGGUGUUCAAGGGCAACCGCCCCACGAACUCGAUCCUCGUGCAAAAGAUCACCCCCAAGACGCUCGGCUCACUCAUUGCGCUGUACGAGCACAAGAUCGCCACGCAAGGCUUUGUCUGGGACAUCAACUCCUUCGACCAGAUGGGUGUCGAGCUCGGCAAGGUACUGGCCAAGAAGAUUGAGCCGCUCCUGAAGAAGGGCGACGUGAACGCGGCCGACGCCGAGCACGACGCAUCGACCGCGGGCCUGAUCAAGUACUAUCUCGCGCAUCGCAAGUAG